AUGCUCGUCUCAGCCGUGUCGGCGCCCCCUGAGGCAGCUGGCCUAAGACUCCAGGGACCAGCUGGGCCCCCCCCACCCCUGCUGCCCAAGCCCGGGAAGGACAACCUGCGUCUGCAGAAGCUUCUGAGGAAGGCAGCCUGGAAGAAGACGAAGCGGACUGGGCCCCCCGCCCUACCCGGGGCCUUCCGCACCUCCCUGUCCCCCGUGAGUGAGGCCAGCCACGACCAGGACACCAUGGCCCCACACCCCGCGGAGGUCCCCCACACGGUGACCACCCUACCCUGUUCCCUGCACACCCCUGUCAUCCACCACGUGGCGUCACCCCUGCAGAAGUCCACGCUCUCCCUCGGCUUGGCCCAGCGCAGGAUUGUGGCCACUCACGUCAAGGCCACUGGGUCCCAGCCCACAGCCCCAGCCCUGGAACCUGCUCAGCCUCCCGGUGGUUUCGUCCCUGUCUCGGCCCCAGCGGCAGGAGGCACUCACGUCACCCAGGUGCACAUCCGUAUGGCACCGUCCCCACUUGCUGGGACCCCUGAGCCCCCCAGAGCAGCCCCAGAAGGGGGACCCAGCAGCCAGGACCAAGAUGCAGCCCCGGGCCCCAGCCGGGCCCAGCCCCUGGCCCUGGUGGCUCACAUCCACCCACUGCCUGCCGGGGCCCAGGCUGCCAGUCCCUCUCCCAGGGAGCCCCCUGCACCAAGGCCACCGCCUGGCUUCCAGGCUUCGGUGCCCAGAGAGGCCAGCAUCAGGGUGGUGGUGCCCGUGGCCCCUACCCGCCGCUCGCUGGGCCCCUCGCCCCACAGCCCAGCCCCUGUGGCCCCAGAAGCUGAGCACCUGGAGAAGGCUGCCACGGCUGGCCCUGCCGCUGAGGUGGAGCAGACCUCCAGCCCCGCAGGGGCCCCGUCCCCUGUCCUACCGUCAGGCCCCCACCCGUGCCCUGUCCCCAGAGUUGCACCGAAGCCCCGGCUCAGCGGCUGGACGCGUCUCAAGAAGCAGCUGAUGGAAGAGGCACAGGAGCCCCAGCUCCCAGAGCAGAGGCAGAGCCCGGAGCCCGAGAAGCAGGAGGCGCCCGCCCCCGCCAACCCCCGGCCCACCGCCAACCCCCGGCCCCCUGCCUCCCGGGCCUCCAGGAUGUGGGACGCAGUGCUGUACCGCAUGUCGGUGGCAGAGUCCCGCGGCCGCCCAGCGGGGCCCAGGGAUGGGGAGCACACCCUGGCUGGCCUCACCCGCCUGCCCUUUCUGUGCCGGCCUCGCUUCAACGCCCGGAAGCUGCAAGAGGCUGCCCGGCCCCCUCCCAUGGUUUACUCCCUCCCGGAGCUGAGUCCCCAACCCAGGAACUUCAACCGGACAGCGGCCGGCUGGAGGCUCCAGUGA